AAAGCCGGGCAGUAUUUAAAGUCAAGAAUUUUCUCGUACAGCAGGUGGCGCUAAUUUAAAAAUUUCUUGUCUGGCGGCUAAAUUGAAGUAUUUUGUCAAUUUAAUACAUAAAUAAAUCAUAUUUUGCAAAACUUUUUAAAAAGUAUGGGAAAUAACAAGACAUUUACCCAUUUAAGUGAUGUAAACAAGCAAUGGGAGAAGUUAAAGAAUGAGCUACAUUAUGAAGUAAAGAAUAUACAAAAUAGUAAACUUUCUGAGAUAUGUUGUUAUGAAGAAGAGAAAUUUAAAAAGGAAUUAAUUGAACAAAAAUUAGCACUGGAAAACAAGAGAGAAAAUUUGAGUAAAAUUAAAAGGGAUGAUGUCGAUGAGGAAAAGGAAGACCUUGAUAAAGAAAUAAAAGAAGUAAUUAUUUAUUUAGAAUCUUUGAAAGAGAAAUAUAAAAAUAUAGAAAGAACUUUUGAAGAGAAAGUAAACAAAAACAAUGAAUUAUUGAAUAAAUUGAAAGAGUCAAGAAAAAUUGGAAAAGAAUUAAUCAAACACAAAAAUGAAAUUGCCUUAUAUACUCUUCUGACAAAUAUUAGAUGGAUUUAUAACAGUAAGCCGAACGAACUAAAGGGCCUAAUAUUACAGAAGAAAGAAAUCAAACCAUUUUCUUUCAAUUUGGAGACCGAUUCGGAAUUUUUUAUCGCCAAUUAUUUGUGGGAUCAGAUAAAAUAGUGUUCGUCAUGAUGAUAUUGUAUUAUUCUAACAAACAUUUAAUAAAACAACUUUCUAAACCAAUCAUGGAAUUUUUUAUUGUAACCCAUAUUUAAAUUUUUAUAUAAACAAAAGAGAAAAUUAUACAUUAUUUGUGCUCUUUGUAUUCCAUUAGGUGAUUAUAAAGAGAAAUAAAAUUUUACAUACAUAAAAACGGUAAAAUUGUUUUCGAUAAGUGCAUAGUGUGUAUUGCAAAAUCAAAGGACAAACAAUUUAUUUAAAUGAAAGUAUUAGUUUUUUAAUAUUAGAAUUGUUUAGGGACAAGCUGUUGGUAAUUUUAUUUCCACUUGAAGGCCACUUAUUAGGUUAUAACAAUA